AUGUCUGCAAAACAACAAAAAGAAAACCAGGGAUUGUGUUUGACGCUUAUUUCUCAGCAAAAGCGACACUUCAACACACAUACAUACAUACGAUAUACUUCAACAGGCUCUUUCUCUCAAAAAGUGGAUUCUUCAAUGGAGAAUUCAUCAAUCAGAGAGUUGCCUGAACUGGGAAUGGAGGAUCCUUACUUAUUCAAUCAGUGGCAUAUGUCUCUUGAUGAGCUCAGCAUCCUCCCACUAGCAACUGAGAACUUGCAGCACUCUUUCUCUAAUAACUAUCCGACCGCAUUUAACCUCAAAACUUCUGUUGAAACUUCUCACACUGGCAUUGAUAGACCUUCAAAACAGCUUAAAACCAACAGCUGGAAUUCAUGCAAAACUGAUACAGCCGAUAUAUCAAACCUUCAAGUUGAUUUUGUUCCAGACACUCUCCCAUUUGCCAGUUCCAACGACAUAAAUCCAGUGGGCAACGUGAAGCCUAAAGAAAAGGCCGCAUGUUCUCGGAAUCCCAUUGGAAGCCAAAAUUAUGUGCUUAAGGGUUGCCAUGGAGCUAAAAGGGUUAGCACAAGCAAUAGAAUUUCUCAGGCACAAGAUCAUAUCAUGGCAGAAAGGAAUCGGCGAGAAAGGCUCAGCCAGAAGUUCAUAGCUUUGUCUGCUAUAGUUCCUGGCUUAAAGAAGAUGGACAAGGCUUCUGUGCUUGGAGAUGCUAUCAUGUAUCUGAAACAACUGCAGGAGAAAGUUAAGACACUAGAGGAGCAGAUUAGGAAGAAAUCAAUGGAAUCAGUACUUUUUGUGAAGAAAUCUCAACUCUUGGCUGACAUUGAUGAACUUUCCUCGGAUGAAAAUAUCAGUGGCCCUUUUGAUGUGCCACUACCAGAAAUUGAAGCAAGAUUUUGCGACAAAAGUGUUCUCGUAAGAAUUCACUGUGAGAAAAGAAAAGGAAUUUAUGAGAAAAUCAUGUUUGAAAUCGAGAAAUGUCACCUAACAAUCAUCAAUAGCAAUGUCAUGACAUUUGGGAGUUCCACUCUUGACAUUACUAUUUUUGGUCAGAUGGAUAUGGAAUUCUGCAUGACAAUAAAGGAUCUCGUGAAGAAGCUGCGUGCAGCUUUUUAA